AUGCACCAGUAUUCCACAACGCCGCCCUGGCAUCGCGCCUGGACGGAAGAAAUGAUCAUCGAAGUGAACCGCAGGCUGCAGACCAUGGAACGAGUGCAAGCCGAGGUUGAGGCUCGUCUCCACACCGCCAUAGCAACCGGUUUUCGCGAUCUGCUCCAGCAAGCCCCCACCCUUGGCAGCGCUCCGCUCAGCGACCCACAUUCCAGCAACCGCUCACCAGCCCAUGCGGUCCUCACCAGCUCGCUGACACUCACGGCGCCAGGCUCCCUCCACGCACCCAAUACAAGUGUGUCGGGGCAGGAUCAGUGUACGUCGCCGGUCAGCGCCAUACCCUUUUUCCAACCGACCAUCGCGACUCUACCUCAGCCUCCGAUCAGUGCCGACGUCACAUUUGGGUCUUUCGGAUCGACCGUGCCCACUACCAACGUGCUGCCCACCGUUAUGUUGAACUCCGUUACCGGCGGCACUAACAACGUAGCACUCCCGGGCCGCAGCAACAGCCGAACGGACGCCCCUGCGGGGUUCCUUCCGACCUCAUCUCCUGGCUUUUAUGGAGGUAUUGAACCGGCGUGCUUCAAGCACGCCAAGAUGGACUUUCCCCGAUUCAACAAAGAAGAUUUACAUAGAUGGAUAUUUAAAGCCGAGCAGUUCUUCGAGUGCCACGGGAUCUUGGAGACGAUGAAGGUGGCUGAUGCUGCCAUGAACUUCGAAGGGAAAGUCAUUCGUUGGUACCGAUGGCUGAUUGAUCAACACGGACGGCCAGACUGGAGGACCUUGAUUUCAGCCAUGGCGGCGCGUUUCGGACCUUCAGCUUAUGUUGAUUACAAUCAGGAACUCUCCAAAAUACGUCAGACGGGGUCGAUUGAAGACUACCAAGAGCGUUUCGAAGAAUUUAGCAAUAUGGUUCGGGAAUGGCCAAUAGAAGCUUUGAUUGGUACCUUUGUUGGGGGACUCAAAGAGGAAAUCCGUAUUGAGGUGCAAGGCAUGCGACCCCUCAAUUUGCAUGACUGUUUUGCGAUAACCCGUAUGGUGGAGGAAAAGCAGCAGCGAUAUCAGAGCCUCAGGCGAGGGGCAGCCGGGGUUCGUCCUCACGAGGCAGCAACUACGAAUUCGGAAAUACAACCCGACUGGACGAACUUAACCAAACCACCAAACCGCCCUAUUAUUCGCCGUCUGACCCCGGAACAAAUAAGGGAAAAACAGCGUCAAAAUAUUUGCUUCCAUUGUGAUCAACCGUGGACACCGGGCCACGCAUGUAGACGCUUUCAUAUGUACCAAGUUGAAGAAGAAGGGGAGGAUGCCCCGACGGAGACUAUUGGAGAACAGAGACAAGAUGAAGGAGAGUUUGCCCAGUCGCCCGAAAUAUCCCUCCAUGCCCUAUCAGGACAUGAAGUGCCUCAAUUGAUGCGAGUGGAGGGCCGACUCCACGGUCGGAAGGUCAGUGUACUUGUGGAUACAGGGUCCACACAUAACUUCAUCUGUGAGAAGUCCGCUAGAGCCCUGGGGUGUGAAAUCGAUCAGCAAGCGGCUUUUGAUGUGGUCGUGGGAGAUGGAAGCACCUUAAAAUGUAAGGGGCGGUGCACCGACGAGAAACUGGAGAUACAGGGCCAUGGGUUUUCGGUACAGUUGUAUACACUAGCAAUGGCCAGGGCGGACCUCGUCUUGGGCAUCCAUUGGUUGAAAGGGCUGGGCGAGGUCGUGUUGGACUUCGUUAACAUGAGAAUGCACUUUACACAACCGGAUGGGAAGCGCCUCACCCUGUCAGCUACUCCAAGACAGCUAGUUCAAGAGACCGCCACCUCCAAAAUGUUGCGGGGAGCGGCUGCUUCGUACGUGCUCCUCAUGACCAGCACCGAGGGAAGGAGAGAAUUUUCAAAUGUGUUCAGUGUCCCUCAUGGGUUGCCUCCUUCGCGCGCCUAUGACCACCAUAUAGAGCUACAUCCCGAGGCAAAUGCAGUGAAAAGGAGACCAUACAGGUAUAACCCGACCCACCGUGAUUCACUAACUCGAUUGGUACAAGAAAUGUUGGAACAAGGAAUUAUACAGCCUAGUCGCAACCCAUUUGCGUCUCCUGCCCUCUUGGUGCGCAAGAAGGUUGGAAACUGGCGGUUUUGUGUAGACUACCACGCCUUGAAUGCUCUAACAGUGAAGAAUCGUUAUCCCCUGCCCAUCAUGGAAGAUCUCCUUGAUGAACUCAGGGGGGCAGCCCUAUUUUCAGAGUUGGAUCUUCGAGCCGGGUACCACCAGAUACAGAUCGCACCACAAGAUGUACCGAAGACAGCAUUCUUAACUCCAGAUGGACAUUAUGAGUUUCGAGUGAUGUCGUUCGGCCUCACGAAUGCUCCUGCGACGUUCCAGUCACUCAUGAACGAUAUCUUCUGGCCAUACCUGCACAGGUUCGUACUGGUCUUCUUUGAUGACAUCCUUGUAUUUAGUGCAGACGAAGAGGUGCACUUAAAGCAUCUGCGGGUGGUGCUCUCUACGUUGCGACAACACUCCCUUCACGCCAAACUCUCUAAGUGUUCAUUCGGCAUGAGUGAAGCCACGUAUCUCGGCCACGUGAUUGGCAACGGUAGCGUAAAGAUGGAAGAGGCUAAGGUACUGGCAGUGCGUAAUUGAGUCAUUCCUCAGUCCG